GAAGUUCUUGACUAAGACCCUCGUCAUGUUCCGCGUCAAGGAGAGCGGUCUCCCGCCGGACAUUUCUGAGCCUGCCGAUUUGAAAAAACUCGGCUACUUCGUCAACAACAUUGGGCAGAUUCGAAUGAUAGAGUUCCCUGAGAAGGACUAUCAUUUCCACUGGUAUAACCAAGAACGGCACAAUGAGGUCCGCAGAGAAGCUAUGCAAGUCUGCCAACGUAAUGAAGUUGACCAACGUCUUCGUGCACUCGGUGUAGAAAGGUUAUACCUCCCCCAACUCACAAAUAUCAAGCCCGACGAGCCACAUGUCCCGAUUCUCGCCCCGCCAAUCCAUGUUCUGAACAAUCGUAAACGCCUCAUCGUCAUCAUCAAUGACAGCCUGCAGGACCUUGGGAUACUCGCGUACCGACAAUUGCAGCGCGAUUUAGGUAUAAACGGGGGCUCGGUCGUCAAUUUCACCAAGGAGCUCAUCAAACGCUCCCGGCAGACUGACGACUCCUGCGAGAUCUUUGCAGAUGGCGCCAGCGUUGAUGACGAAUCCAGCGUUCCAGGAUUGAUCGUCAUGAAUUGCGGCCAGUUGGUCUACUCACACAUGCACAAGCAAACAAUGACCCUACGAAGCUGGUCCGCACUCCCUAGGAAGUCAUUAUGCCAUGACCAAAUCCUGAUUCAUCCUGAAUACAACCGUGUUGAGGGCCACCGCACCGCAAAGGAGCAUAUAAAGUGGGUAUUUGACCAUGUCAUAAACAACAAAGACAUGGUCAAUGCAGAUACAGAGGUUUACGUGAUCGCCAUCGAGAAUGGGGCAGAAAAUCUCCUAGAGAUCCUAAAUGACUCAUUUGAGGAGUACGCACCGCGACUUACGGCUUUAACGCUUAUCAAUUCCUACGUUAGCGAUACUCAGAUCAACAACGUAGCUCUCAAGAGGUAUCUCCGUGAUCGUACUCGUCAGUGGAAGGUCACAUCGAGCUCCAACAAUCCCGAAGACUGUAUUGAGAUUCCUAACGACGACGCGGAUCCGCCCAUUUCGAAUGUCUCCUCCAAAUCAGGUGCGGAUUCACCUGUGGCAGGCUACCAUACGAAUACGCAUAUAAGUUGGUUGGAAGCUCUUGGAUCGCCAACAUCUUCCACUUCUACCAAAGUUCGUUACGAUCCCAGGAUCCCUGCAAAUGAUGCUGCUCAUGGGCAGCCUAUCGGGAGCAAUGAUUCAGACUACGAUGAUGAUUUAUCUCAAGCAGCUCUGUGUCCAACCUUCGCCGAUGACGACAACGUUGCAGGCGCGGGUGAGUGCGUUUUCACCAGUCUCAAAGUACAGAAUUGCAUACUCUCUUUCUUUGAGAGCGUAGCGCAAUCCCCAGUCGAUUAUCGCAACCCACGGUUCAAGAUUACAGCACGAGAGCCGGAAUAUGGUGACAAGGCAGCAAACGAGAUGGACUUAGAGACUGAUACAGGAUACGAGCCAUUAGUCCCACUUGAGCUGAGCUCGCCUGAAUACCUGCAGACAAGAGAUGCGAAGGAAGAAUUGAUCAGGAUGACAGCUGCUCUACACAACAUGCCGCCUGACAAUGAAGAUCUGGAGGAAGGCCGCAUAAGUCUUGAAAAACGUAUUGCAGUUGCCAAAGUCGAGCUUGAGAGGGCCACACAAAAGGCUCUGGCGGCAGGUGCUCUUCCCAAAGGCGAAGCUCAGGAAGCGAGAAGUGAGUGGAAAUUUGUCGGCGGAGGGCCGAAGAUGGACUUCGCCGGCACGCAGGUUGAUGUGGAAUUGGUUAGAGCAGCUGGACUAUAUGACACAGCCGAAACGAAGUCCGAGGAGUAGAGCCAUUGGCGGUCGAUGAAGCUGCUUUCCCUUGCUCGCGGCACUUGCUUAUGACAACUAAACAGUUAAUUUCGUAGGCAUUUGGCAACCUCAUGAGAUGGGCUUGGACAUGAAGCCUUGGUGAUUGAUUUCAAUG